AUGUCGCCGCGGAAGAAUAAGAGUAAAGAAGAAAGUCGUAAGUCCAAAAAUAAUUAAAAUUGUAAUAAAAUGCAAAGUAAACAAAAAGCAUAAAAAUAGAAUUCAUUGACAAUUAAAUUUCAUUUUUCCAAACUAAAUUUCGAAAACGGAAUGCAACUAUUGAUUGAUCUCUAAUUUUUCAGUCUUAUCUUGAACCUUUGCUCGUUUACCGAUUUAAAAGCUCAAUUUAAAUUAAAUUUAUUUAGAAAUUUGUAUCCUUAAUUGACUUUAACUUACUAUAAUAUUGUUUUAGCUCCCACCGCGCAACUGCCACCGCCAGCCGAAGUCGAACAUGAAGCAACGACUCCGACAAGAGAUCAACAAGCUAAAACUCCACCGCGAGAUCCACCACCUGAACCAGAACCACCGCAUCAUGAAGAAGAACAGAAGCCGGUUCAAACAAACAAUGAUGAUUUUCCGGUAAGAAAAUAAAUUAAAGUUGUGUAUCAUGUAUAACAUAAUUUUUGCUCGAGAUUAUCAAAAAACUUAAAAUACAAUAUAAUCCAAGGUUUAUAUUGUAUUUUAACGAGGAGAAUGUAGUUUUAGGUGAUUUUUUAAGAUGAGAGCUUUAUUUUUAUGGUUAGUUAACAGUAGCUAUGUUUUUCAAGAUGUUUCAUUUGAUUUGAAUCUUAUUUUAGAACGAAGAAACGGCCAGAGAAGAAGCACCACCUAAAACAACAAAGUCAGAAUUGAUGGAAAAACGAGAAAAGUUCUUGACAGAUUUGGCAUUCCGAUUACGAAGAGCUGGAGACGUUCCGAACGUAGCCAGGCUACAAGGAAUCGAGAUGAAGAAGGUCGCAUUGUAUUGCAGGGAAAAGGUACAGUAAUUUGGAAAGUAUAUGCCAUAUAUUAUGUAUAUGGCAUGUUCUAGCAGAAGAUUCUGUUACGCAUCUUAUGGUAAUGAUAUGUCUAUUUACAGUGUAUGAAAGAGCCGGGAAUGCUGGAUCUGGAGCCGCCGAUGGUAAUUGUGGGUGAUAUUCAUGGCCAGUUCUCUGAUUUGACCGGCAUGUUUGAUCAGAAUGGGGAUCCGCCUAAUGUCAACUUUCUGUUUCUUGGUGAUUACGUAGAUCGAGGUCCUUAUCAAUGUGAAACGAUUGCACUUUUGAUGGCCUAUAAGGUCCUAUACCCACAGAAUAUCUUUUUACUACGCGGUAAUCACGAAACUCGUGUCAUUAAUAGGUAGGUCUUUGGUUUGUAGUACUGUGCUGUUAAUAAAACAUUUUUAGUUAAAAAUACCUUUUGUGUUUAUCAAAAAAGGUUCAUUCUUCUAAAGUAACGCUUCUUCAGAACGUACGGCUUCCUCGAUGAACUAAAAACUCGUUUCGGCGACACAGAACCAAACUUGUGGGAACUGUACCAGUCGGCCUUCUCGUGUCUGUCGCUGUGUGCUAGAGUAGGGAAGAGGAUAUUCUGUAUGCAUGGUGGUAUACCGAAGGAUAUGGGUAAUUGGAAGCAGUUGGAGGUCAUCAGGAAGCCAUUGGAAGUGCCUGAUCACGGUAUCAUCUGCGAUCUGUUGUGGGCUGAUCCUGAUCCAGAUGUAAAUUGGGUCGGGGGAUGGGUAAGGGGAGAGGGGAACUGGUCUUAGAGGUUGAGUCGGGCCUAAAAUUGGUUGGUCUCGAAGAUUGAGCGAAAGGGUGGACUAUUGAAAUACUUUUUUGAGUACUAAUUAUGAAAAUUGUGAUAAGAAAUUAUCAUAAAUCAUUAUAAUAUCUAAAGGUAUCAAAUUCAAGUUUUGUUUGAAAUAUGACAAAAUUUAACAAUUAUACCACUUUACAGACAACCGGUUUCCAGCCCUCACCUCGAGGCGUGUCCUUCAUGUUUGGCGAAGCCGUCUGUAAGGAGUUUUGCAAGAAUAUGAGCCUGGAUCUGAUCGUACGUGCUCAUCAGGUAGCUCAAGAUGGCUACGAGUUCUUUGCCAAUCGACAUUUGGUCACGAUAUUCUCGGCUCCAUUUUACUGCGAAGAGUUUGACAAUACGGCGUCGGUGUUGGUGGUCGAUGAGAACAUGACCUGUCGAUUCCGACUGAGACAGCCGGUUGGAAUCGAAAGGAAAGUGCUGGAAAUGACGUUAAAGGUAAGGAGGUUUAGCUUGAUUAUUGUUGCUAUUUAGGUAAGUUUAGGGAAGAAUACUUUGGGAAAUGUCAUUCUUUAGGGGACCCGAUGUAAAAUUUAAAAAAAUUGAAAUCGGCCCAUUAUAAUUCACAUUUAACAGUAUUAAUCAUGAUAUACUUGUAGGACGACACGAAAGACGAGCCCCUGCCGUGCGACAUGGACCCACCGGACAAGUCGCGACUACCAGUACCACCCAAACUCAACUAUGUGUUGGGCGACGACGAAGAAGAGGAAGGACAACACAUUCCCGACGAAUGCAAGAUUUCCGUUCGGGACCUGAGCAAAAAGUCAACUCGCGAGAAAUAA